CAUGUCGUCCAGAAAAUGGGUGUCGCUUCACGCUUCAUCAUCUCCCACGCCUCUCUCUCUUUCUCUCUCCACAGUCCGACGAUGAGAAAGCGAAUCGCGAUUCACUGAUGAUGAAGAUGAUGCAGUCGAAGCUCUCGCUCCCUCAGCCGAAACCGAGGCCGGCUUCGUCGCCAUCUCCCUUCGCGUAUCGUGGAAGUUCUCUCUGCUCCGGCGGCUCUCCGGCCGCUCGCCUUCGGCGGAGCCGGCAGACCCUGCGGUUGAAGCUCGUGUGCCAGUCUCUCGGCGAUAAAUGGAAGUUGAACGACAUCGACGCCAGUUCAGUGCAAGAGCAAGUGACUUCGUGGCUGUCUAAGACGCAGAACUUUUUGAGAGAAGCCACUUCUCCGCUGGUAAAGAGCGGUCACGGUAGAAAACCUGAUCCGGAGAAUGUCUCCAACAAUCAAGACAUGGGGGAGACUUUCGAAGGAGAAUGGACGGUCGAACGAGGGAUGCCGAAUGGGGUUCUCUCCUGGGAAGCUGUUUUGGCCAUAGAGCAAUUCAGCAGGAUGAAUGGAUUGACUGGUCAGAAAAUGCAGAAGAUAUUCAAAGCCCUGGUCCCUGAAUCCGUAUAUAAUGAUGCUAGGAACUUGGUGGAAUACUGCUGCUACAGAUUCUUGUCAAGGGAUGGUUCCCAUUUUCAUCCCUGCCUUAAGGAACCUGCAUUCCAGAAGCUAAUUUUCCUGACGAUGCUAGCCUGGGGGAAUCCCUACUGUGAAGAUGCCAACCAGGAUGCUGUGGAGAGAUCUUCCUUUCAGAGUAAGCUUGUCGGUGAAGAGGCUUUUACCCGAAUCGCUCCUGCUGUCCAAGGAGUGGCUGAUUCAUCAACAGUGCAUAAUCUAUUUAAGGCACUUGCUGAUGAUAAUGGCAUCUCCUUGAGCUCGUGGUUAACUUACAUAGAUGAGCUCCUCAAGGUACAUGAAGGACGAAAAUCAUAUCAGGCUCGAGAAUGUACAAAGAUCUCUCUGGAGCAGGUCUUAUGCAUUGGCUCUAGCAGGAAAAGGCCUGUGCUUAAAUGGGACAAUAAUAUGGGAUGGCCAGGAAAUGUUAUCUUGACAGAUAAAGCAAUCUAUUUUGAGGCAGUUGGUGUAAGGGGACGCAAAGAUUCAGCAAGGCUGGAUCUUACAAAGCCUGGAGCAUGUGUAGAAAAAGCAAAAGUUGGGCCUUUGGGAUCUCUUCUUUUUGACUCUGCUAUCUCUAUUUCUUGUGGUUCUCAGUCAGAUACAUGGCUUUUGGAAUUUGUUGAUUUGGGAGGUGAGAUGAGAAGAGAUGUCUGGCAUGCUUUUAUAUGUGAAGUUGUAGCUUUGCACAAGUUCAUCCGUGAAUAUGGACCUGAAGACAAUGAUCAAUCUAUCUUUCAUGUAUAUGGAGCCCAUAAAGGAAAGGAACGAGCAAUCAUGAGUGCCAUUAACAGCAUAGCUAGACUUCAAGCUCUUCAAUUUAUGCGUAGGUUGUUGGAUAAUCCCCUUAAAUUGGUUCAGUUUUCGUACCUACAGAAUUCACCCUUUGGUAGUGUUGUUUGUCAAGCUCUAGCUUUGAAUUUUUGGGGUGGACAGCUAGUUACAAGGUAUACAAAAGCAAGCUCUACAUCAGAUCGAGAAUCAUCGCCUUCUGAUGAAAUAUCAGAAAAUGGCAGUCAUAUUUACGACAUUGAUGGAAGCAUAUACUUGAGAAAGUGGAUGAGAUCUCCAUCUUGGGUUUCCAGCUCUUCGGUCACUUUUUGGAGGAAUGCAUCAAUAAAACAAGGUCUUGUAUUAAGUAAAAAUCUCGUUGUGGCUGAUGCAAGCCUGGUAGAAAAAGCAGCAACUACAUGCAGAAAGAAAGGUGAGAUGGUUGAAAAAACACAAGCGACAAUAGAUGCUGCAAUGGUGAAGGGAAUACCGAAUAACAUAGACCUUUUCAAGGAAAUUAUAUUUCCUUUGACAAUCCCUAUCAGAAGUUUUGAAAGGCUCAGACGCUGGGAGGAGCCUCACCUCACCAUCUCAUUUCUUGCAUGUGCAUAUACCUUGAUAUUCAGGAAUUUAUGGUCAUAUAUAUUUCCAUCAACAUUAAUUAUUCUUGCAGCUGCUAUGCUGACAUUAAAAGGAUUAAAAGGGCAGGGCCGCCUCGGCAGAUCUUUUGGAUCAGUUACAAUUCGUGAUCAGCCACCUUCGAAUACCAUUGAAAAAAUCGUAGCUUUGAAAGAUGCUAUGCGUGAUGUUGAGUACGGUCUCCAGAAUCUGAAUAUUUUACUUCUAAAAGUACAAACGAUUGUGCUUGCUGGUCAUCCUCAGGUAACGACAGAGGUUGCCCUGGUUCUGUUGUCUUCGGCGACAAUCAUGCUUCUUGUGCCGUUCAAAUAUAUUUUUAGUUUCCUUCUGUUUGAUCUCUUCACACGGGAGCUAGACUUCCGGAAAGAAACGGUUCAGCGGUUCAGGAGUUUCCUAAAGGAACGUUGGGACAUGUUACCGGCAGCACCGGUCAUAGUCUUGCCUUAUCAAAAUGAAGAAUCCGGGUCACCCAACAGAACAGCAAUUGACAAACAAGAAAGAUCGCAAGGUAAUCUCAGAGGAGGCGAUCAGCUAUAAGUAGUGAAGCUUCCCUGCUACUUCUUCCUAAUUCUUGUACAUACAUUAUUUCUGAAAGGAUCUCGUUAUUAGGACUUCUUGUGCUCUCUUCCGCUAAGCCGACACGGAUAAACGACAUUGCUCGCCAUUCUUGAGUUCGUUGUGGAUAUAUGUGCAUUUUCUUGUUCUUUUUCCCUUGCAAUAGUUGCUAGUACACUUGUCUGUGCCCCUUUGAGAUAUCACUAGGACUGACUACUGAGUAUAUACUGGAAUGAACCUUGAAACCCUGUAUCAUG